GCUAUCCUCUGCUCAUCAGAACAUAACACAGGCCUUACACUAGCAGACGUCCUGUGUAAAGCGGGUUUUAUCACAAUUUAUUGUUCCCGUAAGCGGACAUAGUGACGCUGAAACCGCGCCACUACCAUCUACUUGACGGCAGAGGUUGGGAGGGGGGGGGCAAACCCCUUGCAGGCUAAAGCAAGCUGAUGUAGUGUAGAGUAGGCUGGUAAUCCUCUAUAUUACACACGAGUCUAGUCGAAGAUGGUAGCGGUGUACACCUCCGCCCAGUCUGUUGCAUCCACCGAGUGGAUUGUCUGCCUUGACAAGAGACCAGCAGAACGUUCAGGGGAAGAUGUGGACAUCAUUUUGGCAAGGCUAAAGGGGGUAAAGGCCUUCAAGAAGUUCCACCGCAGCCUCCUGCAGCAGAUUUGUCAGUGUGGCUUCUAUGAAUACCUAGAGAAAGGAAUCACCUUGUAUCGGCAGGGUGAUAUCGGCACAAGCUGGUAUGCUGUUUUAUCUGGCUCACUGGAUGUGAAGGUGUCUGAGACAGCCAACCAUCAGGAUGCAGUAACAAUCUGUACGUUGGGAAUAGGGACAGCUUUUGGAGAGUCCAUCCUGGAUAACACUCCACGACAUGCCACAAUUGUCAGCCGAGAGAACAGUGAACUCCUGCGCAUCGAGCAGAGGGAGUUCAAGACCCUGUGGGAGAAGUACAGGCAGUGCAUGGCAGGUCUGCUGGCCCCUCCUUAUGGGGUGAUGGAGAGUGGAGCUAGCAAUGACCGAAUGCCAGACAAGGAAAAUCUCAGCACAGACCCCUUGAACUUCAUGUCAAAAAAUCUGAACAAGGUUCCAUCAGAGAAGAUUUUGAGGGCAGGGAAGGUUUUGCGUAAUGCUAUUCUGGCCAGAGCUCCCCACAUGAUCAGAGACAGAAAAUACCAUUUGAAAACCUACAGACAGUGUUGUGUGGGCACCGAGCUGGUUGAUUGGCAGCUACAGCAGAGUUCAUGUGUUCACAGUCGUGCCCAUGCAGUUGGAAUGUGGCAGGCAUUGCUGGAGGAAGGAGUUCUUAACCAUGUUGACCAGGAGCUUAACUUCCAAGACAAGUACCUUUUCUAUCGUUUCCUUGAUGAUGAGGAGGAGGAUGCAGAAUUACCUAGUGAAGAUGAGAAACGAGAAGCAGAGGAAGAGUUGCAGGAGACCCUCCUCUUCCUUUCUCAGAUUGGCCCAGAUGCACACAUGCGCAUGAUUCUUCGAAAAGUGCCAGGUCAGAGGACACCUGAAGACCUGGAAAUUAUUUAUGAUGAAAUACUGCACGUCAAAGCCCUCACCCACCUGUCCAACACUGUAAAGCGAGAGCUUGCUGGUGUCUUAAUCUUUGAGUCACAUGCCAAAGCAGGCACUGUUUUGUUUAAUCAGGGUGAGGAAGGCACCUCCUGGUACAUCAUUCAGAAGGGAUCUGUAAAUGUUGUCAUCUAUGGCAAGGGGGUCGUGUGCACACUGCAUGAGGGUGAUGACUUUGGAAAGUUAGCACUGGUUAAUGAUGCCCCACGUGCAGCUUCCAUCGUACUGCGAGAAGACAACUGCCACUUCCUACGAGUAGACAAAGAAGACUUCAACCGCAUUCUCAGGGACGUAGAGGCGAACACAGUCCGUCUGAAGGAACAUGAUAAGGAUGUGUUGGUGCUUCAGAAGAGUCUCCAUCCAUCUACCCAUGGAAAUGUUCCUUCCCAUUUCAAGUACACUGUGAUGUCAGGGACCCCAGAGAAGAUUCUAGAACAUUUGCUUGAGACAAUGCGUCUGGACAUUCAUUUCUCUGACCCAGAUCCUGCUCUGGAUGACUUUGUUCUCAUGCACUGUGUCUUCAUGCCCAACAGCCAGCUGUGCCCAGCCCUCUUGGCCCACUACCACUCUCAGGCGUCCCAAGGUUCAGAGCAAGAGCGCCUGGACUACACUGUGGCCAGUAAGAGACGUGUGCUGAGCCUGGCUCUGCGGUGGGCCACACUGCAAGCCCAUUACCUGCUGGAGGAUGACACUGUGCUCAGUUUUCUGGAGGAGCUAUAUGGAUUUGUUUCCAGUGACGCCAGGGUUUUACGCCCACUUAAGGAACUACUGCCAGAGCUGGAGAAAAUAAUCAGACAGUACCCUGAUGAUGCUCGAACUUCUCAGAAAAAGCAUAAAGUCCUGCUGCGUCAGUUUAGCUCAGGAGAAGAGAGGCUUGCAAAAAAGCAGCCAGUCAGGAGCUUUGAUGACAUACUCCUGAAAGUAUACUGCAGUGAUCACACAUAUACCACCAUCCGAGUUCCUGUGCUGGCAUCUGGGAGAGAGGUGGCAGCAACUGUGGCUGACAAACUGGGAUCCACUGAUGAGCUGCUUCUGAUCAGCCUCAGUGCUUCUGGAGAAAAGCAGAUUCUGAAGCCCAAUGAUGUAUCAGUGUUCCAGUCACUAGGAGUGAAUGGACGUCUGUUUGUUUGUACAAGAGAACAGCUUGAUUCACUGACUCCUCUUCCAGAGCAAGAAGGUCCUUCCACAGGUUCCAUGUCGAGUUUUGAGCUCAUGAGCUCUAAAGACCUGGCCUUUCAGAUGACCCUAUAUGACUGGGAGCUCUUCAGCUGUGUGCAUGAGUAUGAGCUAGUAUAUCAUACAUUUGGGCGGCAGGCAUACCGGCGCUCCACAGCCAACCUGGAGCUGUUCCUUCGUCGCUUCAACCAGGUGCAGCUGUGGGUGGUAACUGAGGUCACCCUGUGUGGCACACUCAGCAAACGGGUGCAGCUGCUUAAGAAGUUCAUCAAGAUCGCUGCCCACUGCAGGGAGUUUAGAAAUCUCAACUCCUUCUUUGCCAUCAUUAUGGGCAUGUGCAAUCCAGCUGUUAGCCGGCUGAGUCAGACAUGGGAGAAGCUACCCAGUAAAUUUAAGAAGUUCUAUGCAGAAUUUGAGAGUCUAUUAGAUCCAUCCAGAAACCACCGUGUGUACCGCCUCACUGUAGCUAAGAUGGAGCCCCCAAUCAUCCCCUUCAUGCCCCUCCUCAUUAAAGACAUGACUUUCACUCAUGAGGGCAACAAGACAUUCACUGAUGGGCUGGUGAACUUUGAGAAAAUGCGUUUGAUUGCUAAUACAAUUCGGGCAGUGAGACACUGCAGGAGCCAGCCCUUCAACAUUGAGGCAUCGCCAGCCAGUAAGAAUCCCCAGGAAGUGCGUAAUUAUGUUCGUCAGCUCUCUGUAAUUGACAACCAGAGGACCCUGUCACAACGAUCCUUCAGACUGGAGCCAAGGCGAACAUAAGAGCCUAAAAGCUGUCAUCUUUUUAAUCUGCUCAUUUGUUCUCUCCAAGAUUUUUUUCUCUCUCCCUGUCACUUGUCCUUCCUCCUCUCUCAGACACACACACAGAAACAUAUCUAUAGCUUAUAUACAGUAUCCACCAUUAGUAAAACUGAACUAUAUAACUGUCAUUUACUGUGUGCACUGCCACUACCAACCAAUCUCUGUGUGUGCUCAAUGUAUGUCAGCAUUCUUAUCCAAGCUUAAGUUUCAAAAAGUGUGUGUAUGUGUGUGUGUGUGUGUGUAUGCACGCACGCACACAUUGUAUGUGGGUGUGAGGGGGUCUGUGUUUACUUCAUAUUGUUAGGACUGCCAGUCAUGUCUAGAGAUUUAGAAGCAAGCUCUGUGCUGGCUGAUAUUAGCCAGCUGAAUUAGCUGAUAUUCAGUUUUGAACAGUCCGUAUAAUUUGUUUGUGUGUGUGCGAGGGUGUGUCUUUCAGUUAUCACAGAUUUAUCACAGUGUGCUAAAAUAAUCUGAGCCAGCCCCAUACUUGGAAUAAGCAGUUAGGUAACUCCACUAGUAGACUAUUUGAGACCAGUGUAUUCCUGUUUUCAGUACUUAGCCCUCUAUCAGAAUACUACUCUGUGGUCAUUAAAAUAUUUUUUGAAAUCCCUUGAGUCCUACUCAAGUGGGCUACAUCAGUAUUCUUGCUCAAGGACUGUUUUAAUUGCUGUUUUUUUUCUGUGCUAGUCACUUACCUCUUGCCGUAGCCUGUAGCAUGUCAUUUUGUAUAUUGGGCUAUAUUUGUAUAUUUUGGUUGACAUCUUUUUUAAUGAAUCUCAAAAUGAUUUUGUUUGUUUUCACUCUGCGUCUCUUAUAAACUGUAGAGUUCUUAAUCUUUUUGGAAUAUAUCUACACUUAUCCUGUAUAUAGUAUAAUCUAAAUAAAUAUGUUGUUCAACUCUG